GGAAGUGAAGUGAUUAAAGGUCGUAGUUCAUUUGGUGUCAACACAUGUGCGUUUGUCCUCACAGCCAUGCGUGUUUGUGGAGAAAACUUUAAAUUUCAGAGUUUGUGAUCUUUAAAAAAAACUUUAACAUGCCUAAAGACAUUUCAUCGAGCGAAGAUGAAGCGGACUCUCCCACUCUCAGCACGAAAUCACCUGAAAAGCAGAAAGAAAGCGGUGAGUGAACUCUGUGUGUGUCUGUGUGUGGAGGAGGAGGUGAAGCUGCUGUUGGUGCUAAAAGAGUCAGUUUACAGUCUCGGUACAUGUGACUGAAUAUAAUUAGAUCUUGUGUUUCAGUUCAUCAGUUCAACAUCUAUCCCUGAGACCCAAAUUAUGAACAGGAGGAUUAUUUAUAUGUGUAAUCCCAUAUUUAAUUCAGAGUUAUUAAGGCUAAUAGAGGAUAAAAUCACCAUCAAGAAGAUAUGAGUCAUUCUACCUGAACUGUCCGAAAUGGGGCUGGAAAUAUCACAACAUUUUUCCCAUAUGUAUUGUACCGCAUCUAAAGGUCACAUAUCUACUAAAAGAACUGUUAAUUUUUAUAUCGUAUUUUCAGAAUGUUUUUCAAUGUUUUACCUGUCCCAAAAUUUGUCACAACUGAAACAUUUUACUAAAACAAUAUAUAAUAUUAACCUUUUAAGUUUUUUUCUUCUCUUGUCUGCAGCUUUAAAUUUUUUACAAAAUUUUCAGGACAGUUUUCACAACUAAAUUAAUAAAAAUCAAUAUUUUAACAAAUUUCAAAAUUCGAAUUGUAAAAUUCUUCAAAAAUAAAAUUUAAUAUUUCCUUUAAAAUGUCUAAUUUUUAUCAGAUUGAUUCCAAAGUUAAUAUUUAAAGAAACAGAAUAUAAAGUUAUCAAAUUAGUGGGUUAAUAUAUUAGUUGAUAACUCAUUACAAACAACCUUGUGUUUCAGUCGUGACUUCACUGUUUCGGUUGUGGCAAGGUUACAACCCUCAAAUUUAGGCUAUUCCUACGGCGAGAAAGUCACAAACACUUAUUUCAUAAUAUGUUUGAUAGAAGAGUUUAAUUUUUGAAGAGAAAUAACCGCUUGUUUGUGGGGGAGCCCUGAGAAGUCAAAAACCAAGUGCAGCGGAGUUUCACAGCUCAAGGAAGAACAUUUAUUACUUUAUGGAAAUGCAAUCAGACCGAGACGCUAAGGCAGAAGAACAAACUUUUUUAUUUAAAUGAGAGUAAAAAUAAACUCUUUCUGGUAGAUUCUCCUUUUCUGAGCUGCUCCUGUUUUUUUCCGCCCUGAAAGUAAACUCACUGAGCUGAAAAACAACAACUUUCAUAAAUGUGUUUUUUCCUCACAUCUGUUAUUCUUGAUUUUAAUUGUCCGUUGUGUUAUUGAUCGAAUAAGUGCGUGCCUUUCAUAUCCACAGAUAAGAAGUCCACCAAGUUCGAGUGUCCUGCUGACUUUGUGUCCUUCUGCCAUAAACCCUGCAGCAGCACUCUGACAGAGAGUCUGAGGAACAACGAGAGCGAGCUGUGGCUCAUCAAAGCUCCUGCUAACUUUAACCCAGAAUGGUGGGUACAAUCCCACCUCACACUUAUUCAUGAGGAAGAAAACACACAUAGAUGUUCAGUUUUCAGAGACUUUUGUCUUUGCAAAUUUGAUGGUCAUUCAGUGAAGAGAUUUGCAUGAAUUCAGAUCCAAAUCAGAGUGAAAGGUCAGGUGGUCUGCAAGGUCCAGAUGUUUGGUUUAAACCUCUGAACUUUGACAUGUUUGUAUGUCUGACCUUGUCUCCCCUCCCUUCGUCCAGCUUCAGUAGUAUGAAGGUGCCGCUCUCUGGUCUCCGGACGAUGAAGGUUCGUGUAGCUGCAGGCGGAGAGCAGACCAGGAGCAGCAAACAGAUCUACAGCGUCCUGGCGUCCACGCAUGCAUCCUCAGAUUUGUGUCUGCUCACCAGCGACAAGCAGGAGUCAGGUCGAGCAGCUUUUGGCCCCGCCUUCUGCGGCGUGCUGAACAUUUGUGAGAGUUACGGAGACAGCAGCACCAAUCAGGCGCCUCAGGUCAUCCCCGCCACUCCAGCGCCCUCCAUCCCACCGGGGCUCAGGCAGCGGUUUCACCCCUUUGGCAGUAGGACCCCCACGCUGACCUGUAAGGCGAAAAGGGAGGCAGACGGACAGGCGGAGGAAGAUGAAGGGCAAACAAAGAAGAAGAAGAGAAAGAAAGAAAAAGGAGUAAAAGCAGAGCGAGCAGAUGAGGAGGAGGUGAAAAUAAAGGAGGAGCCUGUGGCUGAAACUCAGGAGGAACUGAUGAUGGAGGUCAGUGACGCAGUGGAGGAGAAGAGGAAGAAGAAGAAGAAAAAGAAAGACAGAGAGCGAGAGGAGGAAGGUGUGGAGCACAGCAUGAUGGUGAACAUGGAGGAAAUAACGGUGAAAAGUGAACCAGUGGACACUUUGUACGGAGAUGUCGUGGACGGUUCAGGGAAGAAGAAGAAAAAGAAGAAGAAAAACAAAACUGAUGAUGACUAAAUGUUUGUUUUUGACCUUAUGAACCUGUUUCAGAGACACUUUUUAAUAAUAAUGAACUCCAGAUUGUUGCUGGAUCACUCAGUGUUCGGGUCACUUUGGCAGGUCUUGACAUUCAGACGGAAUAAACAACAUCUGAAAUCAGUGGAACUCUCACAUGAAAUAAAGAGAUUUGAUCCCAGAGUGUGUGAGGAAAACACUCCUCCAUCAUCCUGAGGUCAGAGGGGGACAGUUUCAUGUAUCGAGAGCCACGGGCGUCUCUGACGACAUCAGGAUCUGUGUGUUUUCUGCCAAACUGUGUUGUCAUGUUUGUGUAUAUUUCUACAGGUUUAGAACUAAAGAUGGAAGAAUGAUUCAUCCUGAAGGUAUUCCCUUAUUUUGAAAGGGUCUGAGUCAUGAAUUGGAGAAAUGAUUUGUGUGCAGAAAACCACAUGUCAGAAAAUAAAACCCAGAAGUGAUCAAAGACAGAAAAUAAAAAGCAUGUGUUUUUGUCCUGCA